AUGAGUGCCUCUGAUUUUUCAGCUGCGUUCGCAACGACGCCGUUUCGCCACCACCUUUCUUCAACUGGUUACUUAACGACGUCGUGUAAGUUCGGUUUCAAGUUGCAGCGCCACUUCAGCGGUGGAGAGACUCGACGGAGUGUUCAAGGAAUUGAAAUUGCGGCGUUGUGGCCGAACACAGACUCCGCAGUUUCUCCACCGUCUUCGCCGGGGGAAUCAAAUGGAGCUUUAGAGGUUAACGCCGCCGUUGAUAAAUCCUACUCGUUUUUGAAAUGCGAUGGAUCAAAAACCGUUCAUGCUGGAGGGCCGAAGCCCGAAAACAAGAGACUACACACACACACUAUCCUAGCAGUGGAGACGCCCCUAGCAUCCUCCUCAAGCAGCUUCACAAUGCAAUCUAGGGUCUCAUAA